AUGGCUCUCUUCGCGCCUGGCGCUGCGGCCCCGGGGCUCCUCCGGGCCCCAGACGUGCACUCGCCCCAGUUUUUUGCUGCCGUCCACUGGAUUCAAGCUGUCAUGGCUGCUUUAAGCGUAAUAGGGUCCAGUUCAAUGAUCGGCUACGCCGUGUUCCAGAAUACAGCCAGAUCCCCUGAGGUGCGGCCUCUUUUCUACCUGAGCCUCUCAGAUCUCUUUCUGGGGGUUUGCUGGCUCACCGGGGCCCUUCUCUAUAGCAAGGAGACCACCAAGCCAACAAGCCAGGAGGCUGCCUGCUACAACUUGCAAGCCACAGGACAGAUCUUCUACGUUGCAUCUUUCCUGUACACUGUCAAUUACACCUGGCACCUUUACACAGACCUGAAGGUGAAAUACAACCAGAACUUACACAGUCAGCCACCCCAGAUGUUAAUCUACGUAAACCACAUCGGCCGAAUAGCAAUCAUUUUGUCUAGCAUAAUCCCUCUCUUUUUAGUGGUUCCUGUUUUGGGGAUGGGUAACCACUAUGAAUGUUACCGGAACUUCACUGUGCAACAUGGAUGCCUCCUGAUGCACACCGAAGUCACGCUUCUUCCUGGGCCCCAGCAGCUGGCCUGCUCUGCAAUAUAUCGGUACGGCCUCGGCGUCUUCCUUGUCUCGUUUCUUGCCAGCUUCCUGACAAUCCUGGUCUUGCUCAUCCGCGCCAGAGCCCUGUACAAGAGGUUUGUGAACUCGACCGGCUACGUGGGCGACCGGCAGUGGGCGAUGAUCAAGAUGGUCGAACAAGGCGUGGUUUUGUACCCCGUGGUGUUUUUCUGCUGCUGGGGACCAGCCUUUAUCCUUGGAAUAGUCAAGCUGACGCCUUUGGAAAACACUACAAUGUACAUGGCGCUUUAUGUUUUAGAGGCCCUGACAGCGUCUUCCCAAGGUCUGCUGAACUGUGCCGUUUACGGCUGGACCCAGCACAUGUUCCGCUGCAUGAAACGCAAGGCCUGUCGGGACGUUGACACGCAGACGCCGCUGCUGCGCUCCCAGAAGCGCUUCUACGCCAGCACGCUCCCUGCCGACGCCCGGGCAGGGCCCAUGUCUGCCUCCACCACCGCCGUCACCUCCCCGGUGUUAUGA